UGACAGUCUAAAAUUUAUGUACCGGAAGUGCCAGUCGCAUACCAGAAAAGAUGUUGAAAAUACAGUUUUCCUGAAUUACCGAACUAUACCGAAUUUUUACCAAAGAAAAGAGUGUUUUUAUUCUAAUAGGUUUGCCUGUAGAAUCAGCGUGAGAAACACUACUGUAUACAGACAAGAAGUGUGCUGAGAAGAAACAAAGCUUUGUUUGGUAGUCCUCCACUAAGACUGUAUAAUGAUGAAAGGAAGAAGAUGACUGAUUGGUUAGCAGUGAGGUUAUCUGACAUAAUGUGAGAUUUUGAUUGGUUGACAGGACCGUGACCUGCAAGAGUAACCAUGACAACAGAAGAUCUUUUGCAGGCCGGUCAAGUAGUCAAAGACAGAUGGAAAGUGGUGAGGAAGGUAGGGGGCGGAGGGUUUGGUGAGAUAUAUGAAGGACUGGACACAGUUACCAAGGAACCUGUUGCCCUCAAACUUGAGUCCGCCAAACAACCAAAACAAGUCCUCAAAAUGGAGGUGGCUGUCCUCAAGAAACUCCAAGGUCGAGACCAUGUGUGUCGUUUUAUCGGCUGUGGGCGUAAUGAAUAUUACAACUACGUUGUCAUGUCACUGCAAGGCAAAAACUUGGCAGAAUUACGACGCAGUCAGCCAAAGGGAUGCUUUACACUUAGUACUGCCCUGCGAUUAGGUUCUCAAAUUUUGAAGGGCAUUGAGGCAAUACACGAUGUGGGCUUUCUGCAUAGGGAUAUCAAACCUUCCAACUUUUCCAUGGGACGGUUACAAAACCAAACAAAAAAGGUGUUUAUGUUAGACUAUGGUCUAGCACGUCAGUACACGACCCCGACAGGUGAAGUACGACCCCCACGAGCAGCAGCAGGCUUCAGAGGCACUGUUAGAUAUGCUUCUGUCAAUGCUCAUAAAAACAAGGAAAUGGGCCGCCAUGAUGAUCUAUGGUCACUUUUUUACAUGCUAAUAGAGUUCCUUGCUGGCCAGUUGCCUUGGAGGAAAAUCAAAGACAAGGAACAAGUUGGUAUUAUGAAAGAAAAAUAUGACCAUGCCCUUCUACUUAAAAACAUGCCAUCUGAAUUCCGAACUUUCCUCGAACAUCUCAAUUCUUUGGACUACUUUGAGAAACCGGAUUACGCAUUACUACAGAACCUAUUUGAGCAGUGUAUGAGAAGGAAAAAUAUUAAAGAGAGUGAUCCGUUUGAUUGGGAGAAGAUAUACGCUGAUGGUUCGAUAACAACAACAACAACUACCUCACCUCCUCUUGGUGUUAAACAAUCUCCUGGCUUUGGUUUAAACCAGUACCCACCAGGCCAUGGUGCAACUGAAGUAAUUGAUGAAAAUUUGAGUGAAAAUGAUGGAGAAGAAAAUCUGAAAAAACUGAAAGAAGCAGACCAUAUAAUUGAUGACAAAUAUAAAAUUAUGGACAACAAACUUCGCGAAGAAAAAGAGGCAGAAAACAUGAGAGAUGGAAAUGAUGGGGAAGAAAAGCAUUUAGCAGAGCAAAAGGUUAAAGAAAAGGUUGAGGACAAGGAAAAUGACCACAAAAUUCAAGAAAAGGAUAAAGACGAAAAACCUGUGGAGGAUUUAGCAAAACUGGAUACACAGUUGAAGGGAAUUCUUAAAACAAGUGAUAGUAAACAGAACUUAAAAGAAUUGGAAGUGGGAGUGACUAUUAAAAUGUCAGAGAAUGAAGUAGUUAAGCCAGAAAUUAAAAAUGUUCAGCCUGAAAAGACAAGUGCUACCAAGCAAGAUGGUGCUAUAGUAUCAAAGCCAAGUCGAACUUUACCACAAAUUGAAAGAUUUGAAAGUGCUACAAAUAAAAUUGGUGGGGGAUUAACUGUGGGUCAGAAAUUUAGUGCAACAGAUGAAGAACUAGUACCUGAAGCUAUACCUUCAGCUGAAAGUAACGAAACUGCUCAGACAAAAACACACAGUGUUAGACAGUUAGUCAGAAAUUUUGAAAAAGUGGGUAGAGAAAAAGAAUUACUUGAAAUACCCAAAGCUUUUAGUGUGCCAGAAAAUAUGAGUGAAAAGGAUAGGGGUGUAGUACCAAGACGCCAGUCAGAACCUUCGUGCAAUAUUGUGGAAAACUCAUUUCCCGAGCAUUUAAUUAGCAGAGCUCAGUUAACAUUUGCAAUUAUGCAAACUGAUGAUAGAACUCACACUAUGGGUGAUGAUAAUGUUGAUGAAAAUGCAACUCGAGCAGCACCAUUCACACAUGCUAGUCAGUGGCAAGGUGUGUCUGGCUUUGCAUCAAGUACAGAGAACAGUGAAAAUGAGGAGGAAGGGGGUGAGGAGGUCAUUGGAGCAGACGGCAAAGUUCAUAAGUCAACCACAAAGUCAAAAAACAAAAUCAAUUUGAUGAACACUUUAGCUGACGAGGAUGAUUUGAGGUUAGACAGUGUUGCACGAAAUUCUAUGUAUAUUGACACUGAUAAAGACCAUGGAAAGUUAAUGCGGAAUUCUUUGAUAUUUAUAGAUGAUGAUAUAGAAGACAGCCCACAAGAACAAAUGAACAUUUUCAUUAAAGAAAAAAUGGAAGAAAAGAGUUUAGGCUUAGAUUCUAGAGAUUUUUCUUUCAGUGCAGUUGUUAGUGAUAGGUCAAGAGGAGGAAGAAGUGAAAAACAAAGUAAAGAAGGAAGUGCCAUAGGAAUGAGUCAAACUUCAGAUUAUUCUGCAAUACCUCAUGCAUUUACCAUACCCAGUCAACUUUCAGACAAAUUAAGUGAUACUGUUAGUGAUAAAUUAACAAAGGAUUUAGGAAAUCGAAUGAAUGCUCCUUCUAAAUAUCCUACUAGUCCAUCUAAAUCAUCUUUAAAAGACAAAGAAAGUUUGUCAGAUGUUAAGAAAUUAGCGGUUUUGAACAAUUUAAAGUUAUCAGGCUUUGGAAAAUUGUCUAGUUCAACUUUAAGAAAAGAAAAGAGUUCAGAUAGUCUAGAUAAAAUUGCAAAAGAUAAAAAGUCUGACGGUAAUGUAACUGGCUCUCCCGCAAAAUCAAGACAUUUAUUAAAACCAAUAGAUUUUUUACUGAAAGAGAAGACGAAAUCUGAUGGUGAUAUAGCUGGAUUAGCAAGAAGAUCACGGAGUAGAAGUCGUGACAGUAAAGAAAGGGGGCGUAGCAAUUCUAGGUCUGAAGAUAAAGUAAGACGUCGUCAGUCAUUAUCAACUAUAGACGAAAAUAUACGAACCAGAGGUGCAACACCAACUAUAUCACCAUUAGAAGAAAAUUUUCAAAAUAAUUUUAAUAAUGUGCCAAGUAGUAGUAAACAGAGCAAUGCAAUUGUUGAUAACAAAGACAUUGAUGUGAAAGAUAAUAAAUUAAAAGAUGAGAAAAAACUUGCUGACGAUAAGGAAAGGAGAGAGAGGAGAUCAAAAAGACGUUCAAAUUCAGCUCCUCGUGUUGAAAGAAAUGAAAACAUCAAAAAUUCUCAACCGGAAUUACUCACUCCUGUUCCACCGCUUGACCUUAACCAGAAAGUACCAAAACCGCCUGAUCAGGGAACAGCGCCAAAGAAGAAUCUUGUAUAUUCCGCUAGAUUAUGCCUACCGCAGCUGAAUGUAUUCUCCGGUGAAUUUCUGCGGAACGCUAAACUGGAAGUUGUUCAGUGUGAUGAUAUUGACGAUAUAGACAGUCCAACAAAGAAACAAGAAGAUGAUUUCUCAGAAGAUGAAAACUAAUGCUCACUGUUAUGAUCAUAUACUCCUCUAAAAUUCUUGUUCUUUCUUUCUGACAUUUCCUGGGUUAAUUUUGUUACAGUGUGAUAAAUAAGGAAACAGUACUGUAAUGUGAGGGUUUAACAGAAAACUGUCGUAAAUCCUUCUUUAUUUAAUAUAGGGUAUGACAGUUAUCUGUUCAACCCAUGGUUUGAAUAUAGUACAUUUUAGUACAGUAUUUUAAUAAAUGUUUGUAAUGAAUGCAAUUUGCAAAUAGAUAUUUACCUGCUAAAUGAGAUUACUGUUGAACUGUUUGGGUAAAAAUAGACCUGCAGCUCCAGGUAUAGACACACAGAACAAAACUUGUUACCAAGUUGCUCAGCUUCAUCUUACUGUGCUGGCAUUGAAGAUAAAUUUUUGAAAAAAAGACAAUUUUCAGAAUAGAUUCUGAUAACUUUAUAAGGUUCCAUUUUUAGGCAGGACCCUGUAAUUGUUCCAGAAAGGUAGCUGUGAGUAUUUGAUAUUAUACCCAUUUUAUGAUAUAAAAUGAGAAAAAAAUAACACUUUCUGGCUGUUUUAGAUACAACAUUUAGCAUCUAAACAAAGGAAAAUGUUCUUUAUCCUUCAGGGUCCAUUUUUAGCUCACCUGUCACAAAGUGACAAGGAAGGUGAGCUUUUGUGAUCGCGCGGUGUCCGUUGUUCGUCCGUCCAUCCGUCCAUAAACUUUUGCUUGUGACCACUCUAGAGGUCACAUUCUUCAUGGGAUCUUUAUGAAAGUUGGUCAGAAUGUUCAUCUUGAUGAUAUCUAGGUCAGGUUCUAAACUGGGUCAUGUGCCUUCAAAAACUAGGUCAGUAGGUCUAAAAAUAGAAAAACCUUGUGACCUCUCUAGAGGCCAUAUAUUUCACAAGAUCUUCAUGAAAAUUGGUCAGAAUGUUCACCUUGAUGAUAUCUAGGUCAAGUUCGAAACUAGGUCACGUGCCAUUAAAAACUUGGUCAGUAGGUCUAAAAAUAGAAAAAUCUUGUGACCUCUCUUGAGGCCAUAUAUUUCACAAGAUCUUCAUGAAAAUUGGUCAGAACGUUCACCUUGAUGAUAUCUAGGUCAAGUUCGAAACUGGGUCACAUGCCAUCAAAAACUAGGUCAGUAGGUCAAAUAAUAGAAAAACCUUGUGACCUCUCUAUAGGCCACAUUUUUCAUGGGAUCUGUAUGAAAGUUGGUCUGAAUGUUCAUCUUGAUGAUAUCUAGGUCAAGUUCGAAACUGGGUCACAUGCGGUCAAAAACUAGGUCAGUAGGUUGAAAAAUAGAAAAACUGUGUGACCUCUCUAGAGGCCAUAUUUUUCAAUGGAUCUUCAUGAAAAUUGAUCUGAAUGUUCACCUUGAUGAUAUCUAGGUCUGUUUCGAAACUGGGUCACGUGCGGUCAAAAACUAGGCCAGUAGGUAUAAAAAUAGAAAAACCUUGUGACCUCUCUAGAGGCCAUAUUUUUCAUGAGAUCUUCAUGAAAAUUAGUGAGAAUGUUCACCUUGAUGAUAUCUAGGUAAAAUUCAAAACAGGGUCACGUACCUUCGAAAACUAGGUCAAUAGGUCAAAUAAUAGAAAAAAAUUGUGACCUCUCUAGAGACCAUAUUUUUCAAUGGAUCUUCUUGAAAAUUGGUCAGAAUUUUUUAUCUUGAUAAUAUCUAGGUCAAGUCCAAAACUGGGUCACAUGAGCUCAAAAACUAGGUCACUAUGUCAAAUAAUAGAAAAAACGAUGUCAUACUCAAAACUGGGUCAUAUGGGAAGAGGUGAGCAAUUCAGGACCAUCAUGGUCCUCUUGUUUCAUAAUUCAUGUUAGUAGAUAUACUUUGAGUAUGAAUUAAAGUGUAAGUUACAACUCCUUCCUUACAGCAGUAUACCUCCAGAUUCAAGUCAAGAAGUUUCUUGAGUUACAGGUAGUAUUUAUUGCUAGAGAAGCAAUUACAUGUUGCAGUUGUGUCGUAAAAUAAUGAAAUAUUGGACGUGUUGCUUGCAUAAAAAAGAAAAAAAUAUAUAAUUGAUGAUGUGGAAAAUAUCUAAAUUACCCAGUCUAAGUCGUCUGAAUUAUGUUUGAUAAAAAACAUAUUCUGUAGACGGGGGAAACUGCAGGAUUAAUUAUUAAAAAAUACUUACAUUUGAAUAGAUUGUAAAUGUAAAUCAAUUCUAAGAAACCAGACGUAUUGAUUUUACAUGGAGAUAAUUAAGGGAUUCUCUGAAUUUUGGUAUUGCAAGUUGAAAUACACAACUCAUAAAUAUUUUAAGAUAAGUACCUCUUCAAGAGUAUUAUGAUGUGUCACUGCUAAUUUUGAAGACAUUUUUUGUUUUCCUUUCUUACAUUAUGGGUACAAAGCAUUCCAUUAUUAUUUAAUGAAUGGUAGUUAUUUUUUGAUCUGCUCACUGAAAACUGGGGCCAACACUUUGUGGAAUUACAGUUUUGUAGCAUUUCUCAUUCUGUGAAAGGUUCAAGAUGUUUUCAUGUUUUUUUUUUCAUUUUCAGUCUCACUAUUGUUCCAUUUUAUUGCUUUAGUUGAAGUAAAAGUUUUAAGUUAAGGUGUAGUGGACCCAUAAUUUCUAUGUGAUUACAUUUUAUUUGUAUGCUAUUUCAGCAACAGAAAGCUGCUUUUUCGUAAAAACUGGAAAAUGCUGAAAUCACAAGGAGAAUAUAGAAUGGAACGUAAAAUGCUGAUAGUCAUUAUGGGUCCACGAAAUCAUUUCCCUCCCAAGAUUAUAGUAUUAGAAACCAUUUAACACUGUCAACAUCAUAUUUGUAGUUUUUAAAUGUCUAGGAAAAGCAUCAAGCUAAAUGGCCUGUUUGUGGUAUGUAAUAUCAAUAUCUGGUAUGUAAUAUCAAUAUCUAGGAAUACACAUGAAAACCUUUAGAUUCAUGACCUUGAAAUCCCACUUCCAAAACAGUUUGGAAUGAGAUUAUUUAAUAAUGUAGUAUUUUGCUCGAAAGUAUAAUUGAAGUGAAAUAUUGUAACUUUAUCAAUAACAAAGAAAGGCGCCCAAAAGAACGCAAAUACCGAAAACCUUCCAUAAAGGUUGAAAUAGGGUUUCUAGGGUAUCUAUCCAGUAGAUAUAUCUUCCCAUGUUGAUAUUGAAUCUCAGCAUCAUCUGGAUUGUUUUGCAGAAACGUCGUAAAAGAACAAAACAGGAUGUUUAUCUUGGUGUAGAUGCUGUUUUUUUUGUUGAGGUUACAGCUUGUUCCAUCAGUGAUGAGAGUUUAUGUAGAUACCCAUCAACAAAUUAAUGUAUCACUCCAAGAUUGUUCGUCUAAAAGUCUUUGCAUUUAAGCUUUUAUGCAGUUAUAAUGUGCCUAUUUUGCAUACCUCACAUUUUGCUGUGUGUAUAAAGUGUAUAUUACGAGUGAAUUGUCAUAGGACAGUCAUAUUGCUUUCACACAAGACAGCAACACGUGUUCAAAGCAUUUUUUGUUUGAUUAAAUCUUGCCAUAAAUCUAUGUGGGAAACUGUGUAAGUGCUAAGUGUAUAAGAUGAUACGCCAUCAUGUUUACUGGUUAUAUGUUAACACUCUUGCCAGUGUGUGGAUUUUAGUCAAUUACCAAGCAAACACAUUGGUGAUUAUUCAAGAUUUCUUUCUAUCUACAUGUAAAAAUUACUAUAAAUGAACAUGUUAUUCUUGGACCUUAAUAACCUCUCGUUUGAGGCUAAUAUUUAUCAAAUAAUCAAGGCCUUCAAGUGGUUUGUUGCCUGUUUUACCAUGGUUCUGAGUUAAGGUGUGCAGGAAUUGAACCAGGAGGGCAUUAGCCUGAGUGGAUAAAUAUUUAAGCAUCAGACAAUGAACCAUGGUAUAUUAGAUGAUAAAACACAAGAAGACCUUGAUUAUUUUCAUUCUUACAUGCUCAUUGAAAUAUUUUGAUAAACAUUAAACUGAACAUCAUUUAUCUGAGUAGUUAUUAUUUGAUGUCAUAUUUGAUGUCAUUAUGCUCUCCUACCAGUCUGCACAUGAACCGUUGUUUACCACAGAAUAUACAGAGCUUGAACUUGUUUGUUUAACUGGCUGUCAGAUUGAGCCAUGUUAGAAAUUAAUUCUUAUUCAGAAUGAUAAUUAAUAUGUAUACAGAAGCGUUAGUUAAAAUUCAUGGCAGCGAAAUGAAUCAUGCCUAGCUGUAUAUACAUGCAUUUUCCAUGCUUUCAGCUGACAAAAUUGUUAGACAUGUAUUGUUGAACCAGUAUUGUUAAGUUUCAAAUAAGUCUAGAGCCUAGUUCCAUCUUUUCAGUCUGAAUUUACACUAAAGAAUGCCAAAUAUUCAAUUUGCGGCGUCGAAUAACUUCAUAUGACAGUAUUUUGCUACUUGUUCUGUACUUAUAGACGGUAUAUUCGUGCAGAGUUUCAUCAAAUCACAUGCUAAUAUUACAGAGACAGAGCAAAAAGAAAGUGAAGCAUUUCAAAAUCUACAUCUGAAUUUCAUUCUAAAAACGUUGAUGAACACAUGUCCAGGAUUUUGCUCCUUCAGUUUAAUGAAUAGCAGAGGAUCUAUUUAUAAGGAUUCUUGUUCAUGUAUUAAAUUUUUUUCUGUCUAGAUAUUGCUGUAACAUUUACAAGUUUAACAUUACAUUUGGAAGUGUAGGAUUACAUAAGGAAAU